AUGGCGGUAAGAAAUCUGGACGAUGAUGGUUCAAUUAUCACCAUAGAGGUAGCUAGAGACAUAUUAAAGGGAAAAGGGACUGCCCUUGCGAGUGAAUGCCCAAUUGAUUACAAACUUGGCAAAAGCGAUAGGAUACCUUUAGUUAAUGUAUUAAGGAUGACCUACUUUUGGUUAGAUGAAACCAUCCCAAUAUUCGAUGCAAAUGAAAAAGAUGAAGAAGACAAAAAUGAGCACAUUGACAUCCAGAUUGCUCUUCAUCCUUUUCCAUUUGAGUCGCGACUAGUGGAACUUCUCAAACUAGGCCUUGUUGAUGCUUGGAUUGUCAUGGUUGACAAUUAUAGGGAUUUGCAGAUUUAUGAUCCGAGAGAUGAAGAAAUAAAAUAUUCAGAGAGUGGACACUUGAUGUUAUUGACGGGAAAAGGUAUUGAUGAGAGUGGGGAGAGAGUGGAUUUAUUAGAGUUAUGCGAUACCGUUGUAUACUUCUCCCGCGUCUUUGAGAAACUGUCCAUCGUCCGUUCUUUUCUUCUUUUACACCUUUUGGUGUUAGCUGCUGCAAUGUCGGAAGUAGAAAAGAAAUUGCCUUACAUACCAGAGGAUUGGUCUGAUGCAGCAACUUGUGUUUCCUGCAGCUCCAUCACGUCGUUGCAACCGGUUGUAGCUUUAGUUUCAUGUGUAGGAAUCGUGCGAGGUAUUGACACCGAGAGAGGAAUCUUAUAUGUGAUCACUCCAGUACCAGAAAACGUAGUUGAGAGAGUUGGUCUUCUAUUGCAAGGCUGUAUUCAGUUACCUACUUGUCUUUUGGAGGUGAAAGAUUACAGGUCUCCAUAUUUAUCUCCACAUGUCUUAGCUUCCACCUAA